AAUGCUUCCUUUUAGAAGUGUUCAGAGCGCCAGAGGAAGUUAAAAUACCCCGUGUUGUUCUAGUUGACGGAGCUAAAUUAUCCGGAUUUUCAGUUUUUAAGAAGAAAACUGUUGGAAUAUAUACUAUAAAGUUUCAUUUGAGGAAAGUUUGAUUUGGUUUUGGCUGCGUUUGCAGGAGAGCUCGUCCUUCUGCAGCCAUGUUAGCGAACGGCGGGGUCGGAGCCAAGCGGGAGGAGAAGGGGAGAAACAUCCAGGUGGUCGUCAGAUGCAGACCGUUCAACACGGUGGAGCGAAAGUCAUCGUACGGCGUGAUCGACUGUGACCAGAACAGGAAGGAGGUGACUGUGAAGACUGGAGGGCUGAAUGACAAGGCGUCACGGAAGACCUACACGUUUGACAUGGUGUUUGGACCUGCUGCCAAACAGAUCGACGUUUACAGGAGCGUGGUUUGUCCCAUUCUGGACGAGGUCAUCAUGGGAUACAACUGCACCGUUUUUGCCUACGGUCAGACGGGAACAGGAAAGACCUUCACCAUGGAGGGAGACAGGAGCCAGGAUGAGCAGUUCACCUGGGAGGAGGAUCCUCUGGCUGGCAUCAUCCCCCGAACUCUCCACCAGAUCUUUGAGAAGCUUUCUGAGAACGGCACAGAGUUCUCCGUCAAAGUCUCCCUCCUGGAGAUCUACAACGAGGAGCUGUUUGACCUCCUCAGCCCCACGGAGGACGUCAACGAGCGUCUUCAGCUGUUCGAUGAUCCACGCAACAAGCGGGGCGUGGUGGUGAGAGGCCUGGAGGAGGUGACGGUCCACAACAAAGACGAGGUCUACCACAUCCUGGAGCGAGGGUCAGCCAAGAGGAGGACCGCCUCCACCCUCAUGAACGCCUAUUCCAGUCGCUCCCACUCUGUGUUCUCAGUCACUAUUCACAUGAAGGAGAUCACUCUGGAUGGAGAGGAGCUGGUGAAGAUUGGAAAACUCAAUCUGGUGGAUCUCGCCGGGAGCGAGAACAUCGGCCGCUCCGGAGCCGUGGACAAACGGGCUCGCGAGGCGGGAAACAUCAACCAGUCUCUGCUGACUUUGGGAAGAGUGAUCACAGCGUUGGUGGAGAAACGACCUCACGUCCCGUACAGAGAGUCUAAGCUAACCAGAAUUCUGCAGGACUCCCUGGGGGGUCGAACAAAAACGUCAAUCAUCGCCACAGUUUCUCCUUCCUCCAGCAACCUGGAAGAGACGCUGAGCACGCUGGAGUACGCUAGCAGAGCCAAGAACAUCAUGAACAAACCUGAGGUCAACCAGAAACUCACCAAGAGGACGCUCAUCAAGGAAUACACAGAGGAGAUCGAGCGCCUGAAGCGAGACCUGGCAGCCACCAGAGACAAAAAUGGAGUUUAUUUGUCUUCUGAAAACUACGAGAGCAUGACGGCACAGAUCACCGCUCACGAGGAACAGAUCGCCGAGUACACGGACAAGAUCGCUGUCAUGGAGGAGGAGCUGAAGAAGGUGACUGAGCUGUUUGAGGACAGCAAAACCCGUCUGGAACAGUGCAGCGUAGACCUGGAUGAGAAGCAGCAGAGGCUGGAAGAGACCAGCAGAAACUUGGAGCAGACAAAGGAGAAGCUGUUCCAGGAGGAGUUCAUCAGCUCAGAGCUCAACACCGUCCAGGAGACGCUGUACAACACCGCCGGUCAGCUCCUGAGUACUGUUCAUGCCAGCACCAGCGACGUGUCCGGCCUGCACGACAAACUGGACAGGAAGAAGCAGGUGGAGCAGCACAACCUGCAGAUGCAGCAGAGCUUUGCUCAGAGGAUGGAUGGUGCCUUCAUCUCCAUGCAGCGCUGCGUUGAGGAGCACCGAGCCGAACACAGCCGCAUCCUGAGCAGCUGCUCACAGGCGAUCGAUGGUUUGAUUACUAUGAAUGAGGAGGCAGUGAAAGGAGCCAUGACCACCAUGGAGUCGUUUGUGGGCGGAGUCAGAUCGCUGGUCAGUGAUGGCGUGGGUCGCUUUCAGGAGAAGCUGCAGCAGCAUGAGGCGCUGUGUCUGCAGGACAAGGAGAGUCUGCUGCAGCUGCUGGAGGAACAUCGGCAGGACAUGGAGGACGUCCUGAUAACCAGAACUCUGAUGGGUCUGACGGCCGUCAAAGAGCUCUGUGACUCUCUGAAAUCCUCGGUGGAGACUCGGCGAGCUUUGGCCUCUCAGGUGGAGGCCAUGAAGGAGGUGGGCGGGUUCCUCGGCGGUCUGGUCCAGGAGCUGGUGGGUCUGCGGCAGACGGCCGUGCUGGGUCUGGAUGCACUGCAGGCCGAGCACGACAAGCUGCAGAAGGAGAUCCAACAAGUGCAGGAGCGACAACAGGCGAGCAUGAAGGACACCAUCCAGUGUCUGCAGAACCAGCUCACCCUGCUGUCCAUGCAGGCCCAGCAGGACCUGACCCAGCUGCACUCGGCCUCCAGAUCUCUGCAGACUCCAGUGGUGCUGCUCCAGGAGAGCAUCAGCAGCGGCUGCAGCUCCGUGGAGGAUCAGCUUUCAGGACAGGCUGAAGUCCUCCACUCCUCCUCCUCCUCCAUCGCCUCUUCUCUGCGUCUGACUGACGACGAGAACCUUCAGGUUCUGACGGAGAUGGACGGCUACUGCUCCAACCUGCACAGCUCCGUGUCAGGUCUGGUGGAGCGGGACCUCCAGUGGGGCUUCAGAGCCAGGCAGCACGCCGACCGCCAGAACCAGGAGCUCCUGGCCGUGACGGGGGCCAUCUCCACUGAAGCUCAGGCAGUCCAGCAGAGUGUGCAGACGUUCUGCAGCGAGCAGCUCAGGACAGCUGAGGAGCAUGCGUCUGAGCGGCGGGAGGACAUGAAGCAUGCCAUCAAAGCCGUGCAGAAGCAGAGCUCUGUGGACUGGAGCAUCCUGGACAAACAGCAGGAGGAGCUCCAGGAGAACAUACGCAGCAGCCAGCAGCUGGUCGGCAGCUUCCUGCAGGACGAGCUGCAGCAGGACGUUCCCACCGGUAAAACGCCUCAGCGCCGGGAGUUCCGCUACCCCCGACAACUCAGCAAGUCUGUGAGUCGCAGCGAGCUGCUGGAGAGUCUGAGGAGGCAACAGGAGAAGCUGCAGGUCGCCAUGGAGCUGGAGGAGACGCAGGAGAUGGAAGCAGAAGAGGAAGAAAAAUUCAUCGAGUCUGAGCACGAGGAAAGUUUGGCCACCGAGCCGUCCUUUGACGAGAACCUGGUCUUCAACGAGAGCAACCGCGUCCCGUUCUUCAAGCAGAAGAAAGGAAAGAAGAUGAAGGUCCCGAGUAGGUCAAAAACCUUUGAGAACGACGUUCUCUCCACUCCUCAGAAAUCCAAGCUGCCGCUGCGAUGUCAGAACUGAAGCUUCCAGCUGUUCCUUCUCUUCAGUUCUAUACUCGUUUCAGAUUUUUACUAUUUGUUUUUAAAUGUUGUUGUUAAAAUAGUCAUUAAAUAAAGUCGUGAGUGCUUG